UGUCAGAUGUCAGUAAAAAUAUAACCCAAGAGACAACUGACAGGUGACUAUGUACAACCUAAGAAGCGAUGCGAAGCGGAACAAGCGGUCACAAGAAGAAAAAAAGGAAGAAAAGAAGAAGAAAGGAAAAUAAAGAAAGAAAAAUAAAGAAAAACAAAGAAAGAAAAUAAAUUAAAAUAAAUAAAGAAAUUAAAAUAAACAAAGAAAAAUAGAAGCAGAAGAAGAAGAAGAAGAAGAAGAAGAAGAAAUGAAUUGAGUGCCGUUGUAAAAGCCAUCACAACAAUACGUAAGGGUAGCGGCGAGAGAGAGAGGGAAAGAUACCACAGGGACAAGAAGUAAAUAAUGGUUCACCUCAGCAAGCUUGUGUGGGGAGCCUCCAUUGAGACAUCGAAACAGUUAUAUAAGCACCUCCUUAAAGAAUGCAAAAAACUUCCUAGCCAGUCUCAGAGUUAUUAUCGCCACUUCAUACGGCAGGGGUUCAUCCAGCACUCAGAUGAGACUGAUCCUGAGCGGGUGAAGCAGAUCAUUGCCAGGGCUCUGGAGGAUGGAAAAUGGAUUGUUAAGAAGUAUUCAGAGAAACAGAAAUGAGGACACUCAGCCCUAAAUCUACAUAACAUCCACAAUGGAGGUCAAAAUAGAAGAAGUACAAGUGGAGGCAGUUCCUAACCAGUUCUGGGGAGCUGUAAAAAUUUUCACUGAGAAGCCACAUGUCAUAAACCGAAGGAUUUGUGGAACUGUCAACCUGUGGAUUGGUGUUUGUGAGGAAGACUUCAAUAGGGAAGAACUGACUAAAUCUUUGAUUGAAAUGAUUGAGUCUAAUUGCUGUGAUACACAAAACAGUGAUCAAAAUGUGAAAAUUAGUGACUGCUCUGAUAUUCAAAUAAGUUUGAUUCAAAAGAAAUUGGAAGAUUACUGUUUCAAAUCACUUUCCCUGUGUGAUAAUUUUAAAUCAAAAGAUGACCAUGAUGUCCUGGAAAUAAAAGAAAGUGACACAGGAAGUGAAUCACAGCAUGACAACAUUUCAUCUUGUCAAGAAACAAAAUGGAGUAUCCCUUGGGAAUAUUUAGCCAAAGCUUCAUCAAAUAGCGUUGCAGUAAUUCGGAAAAUACUCCCUAAACAAGUAGACAAAUUUGCUGCUGCUGCUGAAGUAAUACUGUUGGAUGGGGGAAGGAAAAGAGCAUCUUACAUGACAGAGACAAAGUCAGCUCAGCCAUCCAUCACUCCAAAGGUCAACUAUUCCAUUUCCUUAUCUGCCACAGAAAUCUGUAUAUCAUACUUCAAAGAAGACAAGCAGGAAGGGGAGGCCAGCGUGCUGUGGCUGAAAAAAAAUGUUCUUCCAAAAGUGGUUAAGUGGGCAACUGAAGUGUCAGAAGACGGACAUGUGGAAGACCGAGGCUCCCUGCGACUUAUUGAUGUUGCUGAGUACAAUGAAGUGUAUCAAAGGCUGAAGGUUAAAUAUGGGAAACCUUUAGUGAAGAUGUGGCCAGAAGUGACGGAUCCACUAAAGUUUGUGUAUGAGGACAUCUCAAUAGCUGCUUACCUCAUCCUCCUGUGGAAGCAAGAGAGGCAAAAGAAAGGCCUUUCUUCCCUCCAGACCUUUGUAGACCUUGGCUGUGGUAACGGCCUGCUGGUGUAUAUUUUGUCUGGGGAAGGACACAAGGGACUUGGUAUUGAUUUAAAGAAGCGCAAGAUUUGGGAUUUAUUUCCAAGCCAUGUAAAUUUAAAGAUAGAUGCCAUUGAACCAUCAGACAAGAAUCUUUUUCCUGACUAUGACUGGCUUAUUGGGAACCACUCAGAUGAAUUAACUCCCUGGAUUCCUGUGAUGGCUGCAAAGUCUGGAUGCAACACCAGAUUCUUUGUGAUUCCUUGCUGUGCUCACGACUUCAGUCAAAAGUACCGAAGGAGACACGCAGGCAGGAGUCAGUAUUCUGAUUACCUAGAGUAUGUGCAGGAGGUUGGUGCAGUUUGUGGUUUUGAAGUGAAGCAGGACAAGCUAAGGAUUCCCUCAACCAAGAGAAUAUGUAUUGUUGGUGAGGAAAGAAACAAUGAACCUGAAUACAGCAACAUUUCAGAAAGAAUUGAUAGUUUUAUUAAAGAAAGAACUAAUAUCAUCCAACAGUCACCUGAUGGGACUAACGAGAAAGGUAAUUCUGUUGUUGGUGAAGGAAAUUCUGUGUCUAACAGUAUGUGGACAGAAAAUUUUAAGGCAAGGGAAAGUGUACAGCCAGUCAGAAAUUGUACUCAGUUGAAGAGAAGCAUAAGAGAGGACAUAAUAUCAGCUAUUGCAGGUGUACUUCUUGAGAAAAAACACCUAGUAGAGGUUGAUGUUGGAGAUGAUGUGAGUGUUACCUGGGACCGUGGAGGCAGCAUAGCCCUUGGUGACCUUGCCAGACGCUUGGACCGUGAUCUUCUGGCUGCAAUGAAGAAAGAAUGUGGAGGAUUACAAACCCUGUUGAAAAAUUACAGAUACAUUUUCAAUAUCUCCAAUGGGGAAGUUAGCCUUCAGGUUCCUGAACCAGCAUGGAAGAAGACUGCCAGCAAUUUUAUGAAAACUAAGCUGUGUUGGUUCCAUGAAAACCAUGGCAGUGGUUGUCCUCUGCCUGCUGAUGUCUGUAUGUUUGCACACGGUGAAGAAGAUAUGCGAUGAAAGACGUGCCAUGGAUAGGACCACCUCAGAAGCCCAAAACCCCAGCCAGUACGAACCCGUUUGUGGGCGUGUGAAUGAAUACGCGAGCUAGUUUAAAUGGAUGCGUUCUACAGAAAGGAG